CUGGCGCAGAUACAUUUUCGUUUUUUCCUUGAGAGCUUGCUGUUCGCAUUUGUCCGCCUGCCCGCGCGUAGAAAACUUGUUACUUAAUUUUCAUUGCUGCCACACGUGCUUAACUAAUAACUUCGGAUCGCAAUCAGUUGAUUGUCAGCUAGACGAACCCACAACUAAGGCAAUUAAUUAGUCUGUCUUUCAAUUUGGCAUUACAUAAGAAUCGGAUGGCUAAGCGAAAAUAAAAAUAUAUCAUUUGCGGAGCGAUUAUUUCAUCAGCAUUCUGGAAACGGCAGAAAACGGAAAAGGCAGCAACUAACUAAACAAAAGUCUGGUCCACUGGUAACAAACGAGUGAAAAUAUGAGCUGGGCAACAACAAAGCAAAGGCAGAAAUGUUUAAACUGUAGCAGUGGCAGCAACAAAAACAACCGGAGCAGCAGCAGCAACUGCAACAACAACAACUGUGCGCCUAGCAACAAGAUAAAUUCGACGAGCGAUUUUCUUUGAUUUGCGCCCGUUUAUCAGAAGCACAAAAGCCAAAGAGUGUAAAUAGCACGUAGUUAUAGUACAAUUCACCGUAGCAAAAGUGAAUUUCACAUAGGCCUGUGAAUAAGCCUACGAUAGCAACAAUAAUACAGAGCAAGCGCACAGGAUACAAUCCAGAAAUCGCACAAUGAAUUCGAUCAAAGCACAAUCCACGGGCAGUCCCAAGAAAUUCAACGUAUUCGCACACGUUAAGUACGAGCAUAUGGUGGCCGGAGUUUCCGGUGGAGUGGCGUCCACACUAAUUCUACAUCCCCUGGAUCUGAUCAAGAUUCGAUUCGCAGUGAACGAUGGCCGGACUGCGACGGUGCCCCAAUACCGGGGAUUGAGCAGCGCCUUCACCACCAUUUUCCGGCAGGAGGGCUUCCGUGGACUCUACAAGGGCGUCACCCCGAAUGUCUGGGGAUCGGGCUCCUCCUGGGGCCUCUACUUCAUGUUCUACAACACCAUUAAGACAUUCAUCCAGGGAGGCAACACAACCAUGCCUCUGGGUCCCACGAUGCACAUGCUGGCUGCUGCCGAGUCCGGAGCUCUCACCCUUCUGUUGACCAAUCCCAUCUGGGUGGUGAAGACGCGUCUGUGCCUGCAGUGCGAUGCCGCAAGCAGUGCCGAAUACAGGGGCAUGAUCCACGCAUUGGGCCAGAUCUACAAGGAGGAGGGUGUGCGCGGACUGUACCGCGGCUUUGUGCCCGGCAUGCUGGGCGUCUCCCACGGAGCUAUCCAGUUCAUGACCUACGAGGAGAUGAAGAACGCCUACAACGAGUACCGCAAGCUGCCCAUCGACACAAAACUGGCCACCACCGAGUAUUUGGCAUUCGCGGCCGUUUCCAAGCUGAUCGCGGCGGCGGCCACCUACCCGUACCAGGUGGUGCGGGCACGGCUGCAAGACCACCACCACCGCUACAACGGCACCUGGGACUGCAUCAAACAGACUUGGAGCUUCGAGGACUACAGAGGUUUUUACAAGGGUCUCCAAGCAAGUUUAACCCGAGUGGUGCCCGCCUGCAUGAUCACCUUUCUGGUUUACGAGAACGUGUCGCAUUUCCUGCUGGCCAAGCGAAAGAGAAUCGAGGCCGAAAAGAAUGGGACAAACGUGUGAUAACCCCUGUGUGGGUUUCCUUUUAGUUUUCUAAGAUACCUUACCUCUGUGCGACAUCACCAUAUAUCCUUAUAGUCAGCGGGCAGUUGUGAUCGUGUUGAGCAUGCGCAGCUGCUCUAGUUUAAGCCUAAUUAGAUGUUGGUUAUUGAAUUCUGGCAGCUUUUACUAGUAAGAUAAGUGAAUGUGGUUCCUAGUUUUCAGCAUGGAUUUAGUUGUUGAUUGGAUACUGACAGAAGGCCAUGAGUAGGCUAAUAUUUCAGGAAAAUAGAUUUAUAACUUUAAUUAUGUUGCAAAUAUACCAAAAUUUUUGUUUACCAAAAAA